AUGCGUGGCCAGAACACACGCUCGCCGUGGUGACCGCAGAGUGCAACUGGCCUCAAGGGAGAAACGCCAGCCGGAGCCAAGCUGGAGAACCUGGAACAGGUCCUGAAGCACAUGCGAGAGGCUGCUGACCGGCGGCAACAGCUGGAACUGGAGCAUGAGCAAGCCCUGGCCAUCCUCAACGCCAAGCAGCAGGAAAUUGACCUUCUGCAGAGGGCUCAGGUGGAAGCCAAGAAGGAGCACGAAGGUGCUGUGCGGCUACUAGAGAGCACCCUGGACAGCAUGCAGUCCAAGGUCCGUGAGCUGGAGCAGAAGUGCCGGGCGCAGAGCGAGCAGUUCGACCUGCUGUCGCGGGACCUGGAGAAGUUCCGCCAGCACGCCGGGCACAUCCACCUGCUGGGCAGCAGCCCCCCGGCCGCCCGCAAGCCUUUCCCGAAGCUCAUGAAUGGACUGGCCCCGCCCAUCGGCAGAGGUGAGCAGGGGCCCACAGGUGGCUGCUGUGUGGAGCACCUGAGGCGUGGGGCGGGGCACACAGCUGAUAAGCCUCAGACUGGAGUUAGAACUCUGAAGCCAGUGUGGCUGCGGCGUCUACACCAGCACGGGCUCCCAGCGAGGCUCGGGUGUGGUCAGGAGGGCACAGCUGGAGGUUGCCCUGUGACCGGAGGAGGGGCCUGGCCUCUGCCGCUCACCACUGAAGCUGACAAGCCCACCUGCCCGUCGCCGCCUGGGGCCCCGAGAUGCAGGUUUGAAUCCAAGAUGGACAAUGAGAGGAAGUCCAACACCUCGAAGCACAGCUACUCAGGCAGGGUCCACUUAUGUGUGGCCCGUUACAGUUACAACCCCUUCGAUGGCCCCAAUGAGAACCCAGAAGCCGAGCUGCCCCUCACGGCUGGGAAGUACCUCUACAUCUACGGAGACAUGGACGAGGACGGGUUCUAUGAAGGGGAGCUCCUGGACGGGCAGAGGGGCUUGGUGCCCUCCAACUUUGUGGACUUCAUUCAGGACAGCGAGUCGCGGCUGACGAGCACCCUGGGGAGCGAGCAAAACCUCGCCAACCAGCCCGGUCUCGGCUUGGAGCGGGCCGACAUCCUCGACCUCCACUCCCCGACCCACGUGGACUCCGACCUCCCCAGCAACGGCGCGGGGACGCUGGACGUGGACCUCGAUGACAUCGGAGAAGACACUGUGCCUUACCCUCGGAAAAUCACCCUCAUCAAGCAGUUGGCCAAGAGUGUGAUCGUGGGCUGGGAGCCCCCGGCGGUGCCCCCGGGCUGGGGGACUGUGAGCAGCUACAACGUCCUGGUGGACAAGGAGCCCCGCGUGAACCUCGCACUGGGCAGCAGAACUAAGGCCCUGGUCGAGAAGCUCAACAUGGCCGCCUGCACCUACCGCAUCUCCGUGCAGUGCGUCACGAGCCGGGGCAGCUCGGACGAACUGCAGUGCACGCUGCUGGUGGGCAAGGACGUGGUGGUGGCCCCCUCGCAACUGCGGGUGGACAACAUCACUCAGAUCUCUGCCCAGCUCUCCUGGCUGCCCACCAACAGCAACUACAGCCACGUCAUCUUCCUCAACGAGGAGGAGUUCGACAUUGUCCGGGCCGCCAGAUACAAGUACCAGUUCCUCAACCUCAGGCCCAACAUGGCGUACAAGGUGCGGGUCCGGGCUCAGCCCCACCAGAUGCCCUGGCAGCUGCCGCUGGAGCAGAGGGAGAAGAAGGAGGCCUUCGUCGAGUUCUCCACCCUGCCCGCAGGCCCUCCGGCACCCCCACAAGACGUCACUGUCCAGGCUGGGCUCAGCACGGCCACAGUCCAGGUGUCCUGGAAGCCCCCCAUGCUGACUGCUGCUGGGCUCUCCAACGGUGCCAAUGUCACCGGCUACGGCGUGUAUGCCAAAGGGCAGAGGGUGGCCGAGGUCAUCUUCCCCACAGCGGAUGGCACUGCCGUGGAGCUCGUGCGACUGAGGAGCCUGGAGGCCCAGGCUGUGACUGUGCGCACUUUCUCCGUCCAGGGCGAGUCCGUGGACUCCUCCGCUGCUGCCGUCCCCCCUGAACUCCUGGUGCCUCCGACCCCCCACCCAAGAACUGUCCCCCCAGCGAAGCCUCCUACGGGUGUCCCCGAUACCAAAGAUGAGUCCCUGGGUACCCACAUCAGAACGGACGAGGUCUGGGAGCAGGGCCGGGUGCCUGCCCUGGGACACGGGCACAUGCUGGAGCCACCCAGCCUGCAAGGCAGUGGGCGACGCUCGCCCUCACCCAGCCGCAUCCUGCCACAGCCGCAGGGCGCCCCUGUGUCCAGCACCGCCGCCAAGGCCAUGGCCCGGGAGGCUGCACAGAGGGUGGCCGAGAGCAGCCGGUUAGAGAAAAGGAGCAUAUUCCUGGGGCGGGGCAGCAUGGGGCCGUGCGCCAACUCCGACGAUGAGGACGGCUACACCUCCCCUGACCUCCGCAGGAGAGGCGCCUCCGUGGAGGACUUUCUGAAAGGCUCUGAGCUCGGCAAGCAGCCCCACUGCUGCCACGGCGAUGAGUACCCCACCGAGAGCAGCCGGGGCUCCGACCUGUCCGACAUCACGGAGGAGGACGAGGAGGAGCUCCACUCGGAGAUGCAGCUGGAGGACGGAGGCCGCAGGCGGCCCGGCGGUCCCUCCCACGGCACCCUCAAGGAACAUUCUAAGCCUAGGAUGGCAGACGGCGCCCUGUCGGAGCCGGCCGAGCUCCCCGCACAGCCGCACCUCCGUAAGCGGCUCUUCAGUAUCCCCGAAGUGGCCGAGGAGGACCCAGAGCCCUGCGAGCUGCCACGCAGACAGGGGCUGCGUUGUGGCCCCAGGCCUCGCCCCCGGGCUCCGCAGGGCUCCAGGCUCCCCGGGCAGCCCCUGGAGGACUUCCUGCUGGAGGACAGGGGCUGCCGCUUCAGCCGCUGGGCCACUCGGAGCCCGGACAGCGGCCUGGACUGCGGCAGCGAAGAGGAAGAGCUGCGGUUCAGUUUUGGGAAUGCCUCGGCCCCGUGCAGCCCUGGCCCCGGCCGCUGCCCCUGCAGGAGGAGCCCGCGGCCCCUGCUGGCCCGGCGGCGGACGCUGACCCGGCAGAGCAGUGUCGAGGAGGACUCCGAGGAGCAGGUGGGCCCCGGCCCAGCCCGCGCGAGCCCAGCCCCAGGAACAGGGCUGGGCCGAGCCCACGGAACCCGACGACGGCCGCUCUUUAGUUUCAUUGCCUUUAGAGCUUCUGCUUCUGACUGGACUCCAUCGGCCUGGCCACGCCGCCACCCGCUCCCGCACGCGUGCCCACACGGGGUGCUCACUGCCCUCUUUCCUCUCCAGAUCCUAGGAAACCCAGCGUCCACUGGGCGGGCGGCCCACGGCGGGCGGCGCUUCCCCGCAGGUGGUGUGGGUCCUCCCAGGCCGCGGCCCGUGGCGGCCUCGCCCAUCGACGAGUACGCAGGGAGGAGCCGCCUCUCCCCCGACUUGUGCGAGGAGUCAGAGACGGACCCCGGCACCGACGAGCUCCCAGCCCGCAUCUUUGUGGCUCUUUUUGACUACGACCCGCUGACCAUGUCCCCCAACCCGGACGCUGCGGAGGAGGAGCUUCCCUUCAAAGAGGGACAGGUCAUCAAGGUCUAUGGUGAUAAAGACGCCGAUGGCUUCUACCGUGGGGAAACCUGUGCCCGGCUGGGCCUCAUCCCGUGCAACAUGGUCUCGGAGAUCCAGGCGGACGACGAGGAAACCAUGGAGCAGCUGCUGCGGCAAGGCUUCCUGCCUCUGAGCACACCCGUGCAGAGAGCAGAGAGAAGCAGAAGGAGCGGCAGGCAGCGUUCUGUGUCCACACGCAGGAUGGUGGCCGUGUAUGACUACGACCCCAGAGAGAGCUCGCCCAAUGUGGACGCAGAGGCCGAGCUCACCUUCUGCACAGGCGACAUCAUCGCCGUCUUUGGGGAGAUUGACGAAGACGGGUUUUACUACGGGGAGCUGAACGGGCAGAAAGGCCUGGUGCCCUCCAACUUCCUGGAAGAGGUGCCUGAUGAUGUGGAGGUCUACCUGUCCGACGUGCCAUCCCACUGCUCGCAGGACACGCCCACGCGGCCAAAGGCCAAACGGAAGAAGAGUGUUCAUUUCACACCUUAA